AUGCCUUCCGCUGUGGGUUAUCAACCCACCCUGGGUACUGAAAUGGGUACUUUACAAGAAAGAAUUACUUCUACCAAAGAAGGGUCAAUAACUUCUAUUCAAGUAGUUUAUGUACAUGCAGACGAUUUGACCGAUCCUGCUCCUGCCACGACAUUUGCACAUUUGGAUGCAACUACUGUACUAUCAAGAGGAUUAGCUGCCAAAGGUAUCUAUCCAGCAGUAGAUCCUUUAGAUUCAACGUCCACCAUGCUCCAACCUCGGAUCGUCGGUGAAGAACAUUAUGAAACGGCGCAAAGAGUUAAACAAACGUUACAACGUUACAAAGAACUUCAAGACAUGAUAUAUAUUCUUGGGUUGGACGAAGUAUCUGAAGAGGAUCGCUUAACCGUAGUAAGAGCACAAAAAAUGGAACGUUUCUUAUCACAACCUUUUUUCAUAGCAGAAGUAUUUACUGGUUCCCCAGGGAAAUAUGUUGGUCCCGUAGAAACAAUUAAAGGAUUUCAAUUGAUUCUUUCUGGAGAAUUAGAUAGUCUUCCUGAACAAGCCUUUUAUUUGGUGGGUAAUAUCGAUGAAGCUACUACGAAGGCUACGAACUUAACUUAG